AUUCUGAAUUCCCGGUACAACCUCCAUGGCCCAUUCCACUUCUCUGUUCGCUUCUCUCUCUUCCCCCGCCGCCGCCCUCCGCUUUCACCACCGCCACGGUACAAUUACUGCCGGCCGACGCUCUUCCCUCAAGGUCUUCUUCCCCUCUGCCGGCGAUCUCAGGCCGGAGCUUGAUGAGAACCCGGAAGCCAUAAUUUCCGGCGAGUGGGCUCCGAACUUCUCCCUGCUCAGCUACGACGACCUCCUCGAUUACAUCCGUUCCCAACCACCAGCUAAAAAGCAUGUGGGAUCGAAGACCCUGCUUCGAGAAGUGAUGUCGACGACUGUAAGGGCAGCGAGAGCAGAGCAGAGCUUGGGAGAGAUCGCCGACCAUUUUGAAUUCGUGUCGGGACUUCCGGUGGUCGACGAUGAGCGACGGUGUCUCGGAGUCGUCUGCAAGACUGACUUAGCCAAAGCAAACCAUGAGGUGAACUCCAAGGUGGCUGAUAUAAUGUCGUCGCCGGCGAUCACACUGACGCCUGAGAAGACAGUGAAGGACGCUGCGGCUCUAAUGCUAAGGAUGAAGAUCCACAGGAUUCCCAUUCUGAACCAGCAAAAGCAAGUUAUAGGUAUGGUUACUCGCAGUGAUAUAUUUGAAGCCCUACAGGAUCAGUCUUCUGCUUAGCUUCUGUCUAAUGGUUUUGUUCUGUAAAUAUUUAUAAAGACCCUGUCCUGUAAAUAUUGAAUGAAAUAAAAUAAUAAAUUUUGUGAUGAGUACUA